UGGAGUGGUUUGGUUUAGUUGCCAUGGCCACGGUUGUGAGGCAGAGCAGGAAGAGGAGUGCUGGGAUGCAAGGGGUGCGGAGCGCCCCCCCCCAGCCUCUGCAGGGGUAGCUGAAGGGCUCAGGGCAGGCAGGGAGCCGGGGCAGGACGAACGGCUGCUGCUGGGACCAGCUCCUUCUCUCGAGAGAGAGCCAUGGGCAUACUCCGUUUAAAUGCUUCCUAAGUGUGUUGCAUACUUAGAAGCUAUACCUGACACAGGGAAGCUUUAACCUGACAUUGUCACACCUCAACCAUGAAUGGGUACCUGAAGGAAUCUAACUUCAUGAUGGUGGAGGAGGGCUUCACCACCAGAGACCUCCUGGAGAACCUGCUGGUGGAGCUGUGCCAAGCGAAUGACCAGCAAGCCUUCUUCGUGGCAGACCUUGGUGACAUUGUGAAGAAACACCUGCUCUUCCUGAAGGCCCUGCCCAGGGUGAAACCCUACUUCCCAGUCAAGUGCAACGGCAGCGAAGGAGUGAUCCGGCUGCUGGCUGAGCUGGGGACAGGCUUUGCCUGUGCCAACAAGGCAGAGCUCACACGGGUUCAAAGCCUUGGUGUCCCUGCUGACAAGAUCUUCUACAGCAGCCCCUGCAAGCAGGUUGCCCACAUCAAACAUGCAGCCAGCCACGGGGUGCAGCUGAUGACCUUUGACAAUGAGGUGGAGCUGAGCAAGGUGGCCAGGAGCCACCCUCAUGCCAGGAUGUUGCUGGGUAUCACUGCUGACUCCUGCCCUGCUGCCCAUCCCAUGGCCUUUGGCACCACGCUCAGGUCCUGCCGGCAGCUGCUCGAGACAGCGAAGGAGCAGGCGGUGGAGGUGGUGGGAGUCAGCUUUCACCUUGGGAGCUGUGGGCUGGAGCCCCAAGCCAUCACUCAGUCUGUAGCUGCAGCACAGAUGGCCUUUGAGAUGGGCACAGAGCUGGGCUACCAGAUGCACCUCCUGGACAUCGGAGGGGGAUUCCCUGGCACCGAGGACACCAGAGCUCGCUUUGAAGAGGUCACUGCCACGAUCAACUCUGCCCUGGACUUGUAUUUCCCAGAGGGCUGCGGGGUGGAGGUCAUUGCGACCCCCGGCAGGUUCUACGUCAGCUCUGCCUUCACCCUGGCUGCCAGCAUCACUGCCAGGGAAGAGGCUCCUGCAGAGCAGCCUGCCUCUGAUGGUAGGUGGGAUGGUGGGAUAGGCCUGACCAUGUACCUGAGCCCCCCUAAGCCCUCUCCUUGCUCCCCUCCAGAGGAGGAGUCCAGCAGCAGGAAGAGCCUCAUGUAUCACCUCAGUGAUGGCAUCUACGGCGCCUUCAGCUGCCUCCUGUUCGACAGCCCCUGCCCCACACCUCGGCUGCACAAGAGACCCUGCCCAGAGCUCCCAUUACACAGCAGCAGCCUCUGGGGCCCCCCAGGGCACCCAGAGGAUCGCAUCGCUGAUGGGCUGGAGCUGCCUGAGCUGCAGGUGGGGGAGUGGCUCAUCUUCGAGGGCAUGGGGGCCUACAGCACAGCCGCAGCGCCGCCCGCGGGCUGGCCCCAGCCGCACACCACCUACGCCAUGUCCCGCCUGGCCUGGAAAACCCUGCAGCUCUUGCAGGGGAAGCCACCACAGACGGAAGACGAGCGGGAGAGCAUCUGCACCCCGCUGUCCUGCGGCUGGGAGAUGGCCGAGAGCCUCUGCGUGUCCCCAGUCUGCACUCCAGCCAGCAUCACCUGAGCAGCUGCGGGCCGGGGGGUGGGGGCAGGCUGUACCCUGCCCCUGGCAUCGCCCUGCUCCGUGGGGAGCCCACAGCCAGGGCUUGGAAGUGUGCUCCAUAAACCCUGAUCCUGU